AUGUCUUCUCCCGCCUGGUCACCCGACUCCUGGCGAUCAAAACCCAUCAAGCAAGCGCCGGGCUACCCGGAUGAAGCCGCGCUCAACAAGUCAGUCAAGGAACUUUCACGCCUUCCGCCCAUUGUUCACCCCAAGGAGAUUGUUGCAUUGAAACAGCAUCUCCGCGAUGUGGCCCUCGGUGAGGCCUUCCUGCUGCAGGGCGGCGACUGCGCCGAGCUUUUUGACUACUGCGAGCCCAACGCCAUCGAGUCGAAAAUUAAGUUACUCCUACAGAUGAGUCUGGUUCUUGUCUGGGGCGCCGACAAACGCGUUGUGCGCAUUGGACGCAUGGCCGGUCAGUAUGCGAAGCCAAGGUCAAGCCCGACGGAGAUUGUCGACGGAGUGGAGCUUCCGUCGUUCCGGGGAGACAUCCUCAACGGCUUCCACGUCGACGAGCGCGACAUUGACCCCCAGAGACUCGUCAAGGCCUACCAAUACUCGUCAGCAACUCUCAACUACGUCAGAGCAUGCCUCUCGUCAGGCAUCGCAGAUCUCCACAGGCCGCUUGACUGGGGCCUGGGCCACGUUCGGGACCCCGAGCUGAAGAGAAAGUACUCCGAGGCCGUCCUCUCUCUCACUGACAUGCUCCGCUUCCUCCACACGAUUGGCGCCGACAGGAGCGACAAGAUGGACACGGUCGACCUCUUCACGAGCCACGAGGGUCUGCUCCUCGAGUACGAGCAGCCGCUGACCCGCCUGCUGGAGACGCCGGCGCCGCGCCCCACAACCAAUGGCGCCCGAGACGGCAACGGUAGCACCAAGGCCGCCGAGACGAAGAAGGAGUACUACGACACGUCGGCCCAUUUCCUGUGGAUUGGCGACCGUACGCGACAGAUCGACGGCGCCCACGUCGAGUUCUUCCGCGGCAUCGCCAACCCCAUCGGCAUCAAGGUCGGCCCCACCACGCCGACCGACGACCUGCUCGCCCUGCUGCGCACGCUCAACCCGGACUGCGAGCCCGGCAAGAUCACGCUCAUCACGCGCUACGGCGCCGCCAAGGUGCGCUCGCUGCUGCCGGCGCACAUCCGCGCCGUCGAGGACAGCGAGUACAACCGCUGCGUCGUCUGGCAGUGCGACCCCAUGCACGGCAACACGCUGUCGACGGGCAGCGGCAUCAAGACGCGCCGGUUCCGCGACAUCUUUGAGGAGCUGCAGGAGACGCUGCACAUCCACAAGGAGCAGGGCAGCUACCUCGGCGGUGUGCACCUGGAGCUCACUGGCGAUGCCGUCACGGAGUGUCUGGGCGGCAGCGAGGGUUUGGAUGAGGACGACUUGUCGACGAACUACACGAGUUUCUGUGACCCGAGGCUGAACGAGAAGCAGGCGCUCGAAUUGGCUUUCCUCAUUGCGGACCACUACAGAAACGAGAGACGACCGGUUUUGUGA